CGGCGGCGGCCUCUUCGUUCUCCUCCUGCGCGAGGAUGGCUGGGCCCUGGCGGCGCCUGGGGAGCGCGGCGGCGGCGGCUUCCUGCACCAAGGCCGCCUCGUGGCGGCGGCGCCGGCGGCUGGACACCUGGGGCGGCAGUUUCCUUAGGUACUGCUCAGAAAAUGUGGGACUACAGGAAAAAUCCCCUGAUCCUCAAGAAGUGUUUGAAGUGGCUAAUAUAAACAAGUUUGUUACUGAAGAAAGAAUUGUUCUUCCAAGAAAGAAAACCUGGGACAAAUUGGCAGUCCUCCAAGCACUUGCAUCAACAGUACACAGGGAUCCCACAGCUUCACAGUCAGUGUUUCAAGAUGACCCUUAUCUUAUUCCUCGAACCAGUACCGAGUUUCGUUUGUUUUUCAUGUCAAAAGAGUCUGGGGAAAAUGCCGCCAAAUACAUAGUUAACAAGCAUCCUAUAUUUUUUGAGAAGGACAUCGCUGAACCUCAUAUACCGUGUCUAAUGCCAGAGAAUUUGGAAUUGCAACUUGAAGAAGUGACGGAGGCUGCCCUUAAAGAACGGAUCCAGCUCAGAAAAGUGAAAGCCGCUGUAGACAUGUAUGAUCAGCUCCAACAAGCAGGAACUUCUGUGUCUCUGGAGACAUCAAACAGUCUUCUGGAUCUCUUAUGCUUUUAUGGAGACAGGGAACCUGUUCAGGACACCCAUUCUGCAGGCAACGGGGAAUCGGAAGAACAGGAGGAAGGUAUGGAAGCACGAAAGCAGAGAGGCAGCAUGUGGCGUACUUCUGAUAUCGCUUGCGUUAAGUGGAGUGAGAAGAACAAUGCCGAGCGGGUGUUCAGCCUCAUGCCAGAGAAAAAUGCGCACUCGUAUUGUACAAUGAUCAGAGGAAUGGUGAAGCACAGAGCACACUCCAAGGCUUUUGACAUGUACACGGACUUGUUGAACAACGGGCUUAAGGGUGACGUGUAUACCUUUAAUGCAUUAGUUUUAUCAGCUGUGGAAGUAAAGGAUAAAUAUGUUGAAAGAUGGGACCUUGUUGAAGGCUUGCUGAAAGAGAUGGCUCAGCAGAAUGUACAGCCAAACCUGCUAACCUUUAAUUCUGUGCUGAAGGCACUGAGGCAGUGUGGCUCUUUGGGCAGGAGCAUGGCCUUGCAGACCUUGAGUGAGAUGAGUGCACUCCGUAUAGAACCUAGCUUGGCAACAUAUGACCAUCUCCUUGGCGUAUUUUAUAAAUCUGCCAUAUCUGCUAGCGGCCCAACAGAUAUUAUCUAUGAAGUAAUGGAUGAAAUUGAAGGAAAGAACUUUCACCCCCAGGACCCAGCUGAUGACAACUUCUUUUCAAACGCUAUGAGAAUUUGUUUGGAUAUAAAGGAUGUUCAGCUUGCCUAUAGGCUACACAGAGUGGUGGAGACAGGAGAAAACUGGAAAAUGAUGGGAGACAUGUAUCAGCAGUCCUCUUAUUGUGGAAGGUUUCUGCAUUUGUUGUGCAUGAUGGAACAUCUUGACGUCGCCCUGAAGUGGUACAAAGAACUGGUUCCCUCAAUGUUGUACCCGAACUCUGAAGGGAUGCUGGGUCUUCUCCGAGCACUGGAUGCGGCCAGCCGUUUGGAUAUGAUUCCCCAGAUUUGGAAAGCUUUCAGCACCAUGAAUGAUGGUAUCUAUCUGGGAGGGCUGGCUAAGUUCAAGACUCAGGUGGCUUUUGCUGAUUGUGCUGCGGACGUACAUGAAGUACAGGAAAGAAGCCGCGUCCCACUAGAAUGGACGGCCACUUCUCUGGGCAACUGUGUUCUUCUGUUUGCCCGGGCUGGGAGAACACAAAAAGCCUGGAGCAUGCUGCAGCUCUUUAAGAAACACAACCGAGUCCCCAGUGACGUCGUGAUGAAUGAGGUACUGAACUGCAUUAAGCAAAGCAAUGACCCAGAUCAGGCACUUAACCUGGUGACGUUGGCUGCUGAUUUCAGUUUACAAUCGACUUCAAGGCUUGCUGAGAGAGUGCAGAAGGAGUUCCAACUCUCUGAAGAACAAAGGAACACUUUGGAUGAUCUGCUGGCAGUGAGCAGCCACAGCAGUGAAUAGAGGAUCCUGUUUCACCAUCUGCCAUGUGGUGACAGAGAGACGGGCUGCGCUGGAAGACUCUGCGGGGCGGAACCUCGGAUGGGAAUGGUGCUACAGUUCUGGUCCGCUUUGCACGUAGCAGAAUUAAUAACAUGCACUGAAUAGCAAGGUUGCUCUGACCUCUUUGUGGACAUCCCCCCACUACCUUUUUUUAAAAAGAAACUAAACAUACAUCCCUGGAAAAGAAAAGAAACUGUAAAGGAUUGCUACUGUUUUUUCCACAAAUGUUAACAAAAUUGGAAAGUGCAAUACCAUUUCCAGCUGCUGUAUGUAGUUCUUUUCCCAACCCAAAGCCCUGUCUGUCCUCUCAAAAGGAGGACGCUAUGAGACAACUGAAGAGCAGUUUCCUGCCUCGCCUUUGGUGCCAGUGAGAGGGCGUUGACUGUAUGGGGCAGGAGGUCUUCUGGCAGCGUGCAGCAAGAAAUCCCUCUCUCUGUCUCCCCGUUUAUCUUGCAGCGGUGCAGAAUCUUUCCUGGGUCCCUUGCACCAACCACCCUGCCUGGAGUGCUGGGGUCUGCAGUCCGUAAGCUGUGCUUGAUCUGAAUGUAGAUUCUAAAGGCGGCAUUUGUUUUUCUGCUGUAAGAUAUUUUUGCCAGUUCUUAAAUAGUUUGGAAUUCUUUUUGCAGAGAUUAUCCUGCCAAGAUUACAUGUCUUUGGACAGUUAGUGGCAUUUGCCUGUAUAGGGGGGAGGGAAUAGCAUAUGCUUUGUGAGCCUUCUUUCAAACCAGCUUCCCAUCUUUCUCUCCCUGACCUCUACACCUGUAACUAGUCUGUCUCCUAGAAAUCUGUGAUGGACUGUUGGAGGACAAAGGAACAAAGGGGGAAAUAUACUGAUGGAAGGUGUGGCAGUGCAAAGAAAAUGAACACUUUCUGUCAGUUUUCACUGUGGAAUGGAGCUGCUGUUUUGGAGAAGGAUGUCGGCAGAACUGGGUCAAAUUGAGAUGGCAGAUGAAGGUCUAGGACUUCUAGGCAAACCAAAAACUAGUAAAUUUCCCCAUCCAGAUUGUAAACACAAGUGUUCUUAAAGAACUCAGAUAUGAGACCUUGAAUCCUACCCAGUAUACAAAACCUAUCCUUAAAAUUGACUUCCGUGCCAGGGAACCAGGAAGUUGCAAAUAAUCACAUCAAUUUUUCAAAAGGGCUCUAUAGGGGACCCAGGGAAUUACAGGGCAGUUAGAUUUGUUCCCAGUAAAUUAAUAGAAACUUAUUAAAGAGAGAUUAAGCUUAUUGAAGAGCAAAGCCUGCUGAGACAAAUUCAGUGUCCCAUUUAGAGAGAGAGAGAGCCUUCUGUAUUAUUUGGUAUCCUAUGCAAACUGGGCGGCCACCCCCGAUUCCAGACCAUCUGUGGACCCAUUAAGUGGCACUCUGCAGCUCACUUCCCUCCCAUCACAAAAACUGUCCAUUUGUUCCUAUGCUCUGCUUCCUUUCAUCUAGCCAAUGUCAAAUCCACCCAAGGAUUAAGCAGCACCUGAUACAAUUCAUCCGGUGCCUCUGCCUGAAUCAGAGGUCCAAGCAUUGCAAACGCAGACCAGUAGCUGGCCCCCUAACCCUUUGGCUACUACCUCCUCUCCCCCCUCCCCCUGGACCAGGGGCACGUGAGGUCCAAGUACUGCUUUGCGAGCUCUCGGGCAAACCAGGCCCCACCAUGAAGCGGGAGGGCCAGCGGAUUCACCACUCCAGGUGGCCUUGCUUGCCUCCCUUCUUCAAGCGUGCUGAAGGACGUCGGCUGCCGGGGAAUGAGGCAGAAUUAAGUCAGCAGGACUCGAUGCAAUUCCUUCAACCUGGGUAGCACCAGUCUGGGCAGAAUGCUGCUAGGCAACGGAAGGCUCUGUGAAAGCUGGCAAAGGACAAAGUGUUGGUCAUGUAGAAGCGGAAGCAAGUCCUAGAGGGGUUUCCUUGUAGUAAUCUGCAUCCGCUUGUAAUUUGCAAGCUGCCUCCUAGACCAUCGUGGAGUUUGAAAACACUGCCCCUAGAUGAGCAUUCGUGUCUCACCCCAGGGAAACAGGUCACAGACCUGAAAUUAGGAACAAAACACACCAGAACUGCUACACGUAUUCUGCAUGUCCCCACUCCUUACUUUGUCAUCUA